GUAAAAUUUUCAUUUAUAGGUGCUAUAUAAAUGAUAAUAUAAUAAUAAAUAUCAAUUUUCCAAUUUCUAAUGAGUUUUGAGUUGUAGAUAUUCUAGUAUUGAAAAAAAAGAAAUGACGGAUUACGAAACGCUUGAACCUUCCUUGAAAAAUGUAAUAGACCAAACAACAUUGAAAUGGAUUUUUGUAGGAGGUAAAGGAGGGGUUGGUAAGACAACCUGCAGUUGUAGUUUAGCAGUUCAAUUAUCCAAAGUUCGAAAGAGUGUAUUGAUCAUUUCCACUGAUCCAGCUCAUAACAUUUCUGAUGCCUUUGACCAAAAAUUCACUAAAGUUCCAACACUGGUUAAAGGUUUCAACAAUCUGUAUGCAAUGGAAAUAGAUCCCAAUGUGGGAUUCAAUGAAUUACCUGAUGAAUAUUUUGAUGGGGAGCCAGAUGCAAUGAGAAUGGGAAAAGGAAUAAUUCAAGAAAUCAUAGGAGCUUUCCCAGGCAUAGAUGAGGCUAUGAGCUAUGCUGAAGUUAUGAAAUUGAUAAAAAGCAUGAACUUUUCUGCUGUUGUUUUUGAUACUGCUCCAACUGGACAUACAUUGAGACUAUUGUCAUUUCCUCAAGUUGUUGAAAAAGGCUUAGGAAAAUUACUGCGAUUGAAACUAAAAGUAUCACCUCUCAUCUCACAACUGAGUGGACUUCUAGGGAACUCUGAUUUCAAUGCUGAUACUUUUUCCUCAAAAAUGGAGGAAAUGUUGGGUGUAAUCAGACAAGUGAAUGAACAAUUUAGGAAUCCUGAUCAAACCACAUUUGUGUGUGUUUGCAUAGCAGAAUUCUUAUCACUUUAUGAAACAGAAAGAUUGGUUCAGGAAUUGACAAAAUGUAAAAUAGACACUCAUAAUAUAAUAGUAAAUCAAUUGUUAUUUAGAAAUGAUACCCAAAGUCAAUGUAAGAUGUGUGAAGCAAGAUACAAAAUUCAAGAAAAAUAUCUGGAUCAAAUUAAUGAUUUGUAUGAAGAUUUUCAUGUUACCAAAUUGCCUCUUCUGGAAAGUGAAGUUAGAGGCAUAGAAAAUGUCAAGAAAUUUUCUGAGAAUUUGAUAACACCUUAUUCUCUUCAAUAAUAUUGUAUUAGGUUUCAUUAUCAUAAUGUGAAUAUUUUUUAUUGUUUAGGGAAUAAAGGCAGGUUUUGAACUCU